AAUACCAUUUUACUACUCAACUUUUAUCUUCUUCCUAAACCCUAAGCCUCCACCGUGUCCUCCCUGCAACUCUACCCCAACCCUGCCACCAAAAAUUCACCAUCUUCAAUGACCUCCCUGAACUAAAGCCCUCAUAUUUAAACAUAAAAAUUCACUUUUUGUCAAUACAUAUUUCAUAACUUUAUGUAAUGGAGAUAGAUUUGGGAAAACUUCCAUUUGACCUCGAUUUUCAUCCCUCCAAUAAUCUCGUUGCUGCAGGGCUAAUCACCGGUCAGCUUAUGCUGUAUCGUUUUGCAGCUGAAUCUCAACCGCAAAGGCUAUUGGAAGUGUCUGCUCAUACGGAAUCAUGUAGAGCACUCCGCUUUAUCAGCGAAGGGCGUGCAAUUGUGACGGGUUCUCCAGACUGUUCUAUUCUUGCCACUGAUAUUGAAACAGGAUCUGAAAUUGUGAGGCUGGAGAAUUCUCAUGGGGCUGCGGUGAAUCGAAUAAUCAAUUUAACUGAAUCAACCAUUGCAUCUGGAGACGACAAUGGCUGUAUCAAGGUAUGGGAUACCCGGCAGCGUUCUUGCUGCAACACUUUCAAUGCUCAUGAGGAAUACAUAUCAGAUAUGACUUUUGCCUCUGAUUCCAUGAAGUUACUAGGAACGAGUGGUGAUGGGACUCUAUCUGUUUGCAAUCUGAGAAGCAACAAGGUUCAAACUCGAUCAGAGUUUUCUGAGGAUGAACUUCUCUCUGUGGUGAUCAUGAAGAAUGGUCGAAAGGUAAUAUGUGGGACACAGACUGGAACCCUGUUAUUGUAUUCAUGGGGGUUUUUCAAGGAUUGCAGUGAUCGUUUCGUUGAUCUUUCUCCUAACUCUGUUGAUGCACUGCUGAAGCUUGAUGAAGAUAGAGUAAUCGCUGGCUCGGAGAAUGGCAUUAUCAGCUUGAUAGGCAUAUUGCCAAACAGAAUAAUUCAGCCAAUUGCAGAGCAUUCAGAAUAUCCUGUGGAGCGUCUUGCCUUUUCUCAUGAUAGAAAAUUUCUUGGCAGUAUAUCCCAUGAUCAGACAUUAAAGCUAUGGGAUAUGGAGGAUUUACUGCAAGGUUCAGUACAGAAUAAUUCUGCUGUGGCAGACAGCGACAGUGACGAGAUGGAAGUCGAUGAUGGUAUGCAAAAACCUUCAAAAGGGACCAAAACGAAAAUGGCAAGCAAAGGGCAAAAUUUCAGCAAUUCGGAAAAUUUCUUUGCAGAUCUAUAGUAAUGCAGUUGGAUUCUCUACCCUGUUUUGAGGUGACCUUUCUAUUCUCUAUUCAAAGUGAUCGAGGCCACUGAUUUUAUGUUUGAAGUUGGCUGUCCCUCUGCUGGAAAUAUGGCGUCUGCAGAGGAAAUCUGGUCUGGUGGUGACUGAGUCCCUUUUUUUUAUCGAAUCUGGUGGCAAGAACUGAAAAGUAUGAACAAAUCUUCAUACAUAAAACUUUUAUUUACAUUUGUUGUUGAGAGUUCAGCAUACCAUGUGAUUUAUGAUGUUUUUCCUUAUUUCCUUUCCUUCAUGUAAAAUGACUAGAUAUUUGAAAGGUUUUUUCUGAAAGACAUCUAAUCUUCCUUU